CCUCAUCGUUUGGGCUUUUGAAAGCUUCCAGCUGACAGAAAUCUAGUAGGAAAUGGAUUCAAACUCCCGAAAAAGGUCGGCCCCCUCCUCCCCAGAAUCACCGCGCCGUUUGCGGCAAUGCUUUUUUACAGGCGUAAUAGGAUCCUGCACACCCUCUACCACCGAAUACUACCGUCUAACUUGUCCUUCUGGUUCCCAACUUGGGCAAAGCUUUUCAGACGCCCUAAACAGAACUGGAUUGAUGCCGGCUUUUGUGGAAGCGCAGAACAGAGGGGAGGAGCUGUGGGCAUGUCAUGCGCAUUUUGUGUGGAGUUGGACUGAGCCGGGAUGGAGAGAUACCGUCUGUGGCCAUCUCUUUGAGGAUUGGGCUGGCGGCUAAAAAGGGAAAGAUCCCAUUUGAAGAACGUUUGAACAUUUUUUACUUGAUUCUACUCGAUAGCUUUAUCUCCUUUGCAAAGGACAGUGCAUGGAUUCAACAAAACUCGCUCGCGGGACGCUAUAACACCUUGCCCGGAUUUCGCCAAAAGUGACAGGAAAAUAGAAAAUGACGUUCCAAUAAAUAGCCGUAUGUACAUCCAAGUGCAAGACAACCCCGUCCACCCGACACAAAAGAGAGCGUUCCUCAAAUCGCGAGACCAAAGACAUUAACGACGGCGUACAUGGUUUUUGACUCGUAUUUAUACGUCGUGCUCCCUGGAUGAACACCGGCAAGAGAAUCAGUCUUUGAUCUGUGCGGAGCGAGGACAAGAACAGCCCGUCAUACCAUCGCUUGAGUUGUCCCAAUAGCAGCUAGAAGCAGCGUGAAG